UGUUAUGCAGCGUUAGUCAUCUAUUCUCGUGCCGACUUUGCGAUUUUUCUGGUGCUUUAUUAAUAAUGCAUGAAGGAUUUAUUUCCCAAUAAGGACAGGGAGCCAAUUAGAGACAGGCUGAAAACUGGUAAGACACCCGUAGAGUUGAGAGGAGUCGGGUGCGGCAGCCGCUAAUGAUAGCUAGCUCGAUAUGGCAAGUUCCUGUAUUAUUUGAAUUUGUUAACAGGAUGAAAUGCCCUCACGACCAUGGCUUAAAAACAUCUCCUUGACGUUAGAUUUAGCUAUGUUAGCCAUCAGAUCGUCAGAGGAGGAGUCCACUGAGAUUGAGGAGAUGGACACCUCAGAGCCCAACUGGUGCUGGUUCUACUUGGCUGAGUGUGGAGUGUGGCAUAUGUUUGAGAUUGAUCCCAGUGCAGCCUGCUCUGUGACCAGUGCUCAGAUUGAGCAGUGCUACAACAGAAACCAACGCGGCAUUAUGGAAUUCUACACGGCAAAGUAUACGUACAGACUGGACUUUUCAGUUAUGCGACAGAUCAAUGUCACAACUGGGAAGCAGCGGCCAAUCAAACGCUCCCUCCACUCUGCGACUGGCUUCAGGUUUAUUUGUGAUAAUCUUGCCUUGCCUGUUCCUUGUCAUUGGGAGAGAAUCAAUACAGAUGAGCCCUAUCAGCUCAUCCAGCUUGGUAGAGACACAUAUGAGUUUAAAGAAGUAGCCAGACUGUAUGAAAGGACAAUGGACCAUCCAAUCAAAUCCAUCCAGAGGAUUCAGAACCUGGACUUAUGGGAGUUCUUCUGCAGGAAGAAAACACAGUUGCGAAAAGUCAAGCGCACAUUGGAUAUUGAGGAACGAAUGCUGUUUCAUGGCACAGGACACAGCAACAUACAAGCUAUAUGUACUUUUAACUUUGACUGGCGGCUGACAGGAAGCCAUGGUGAUGUCUAUGGCAAAGGGAGCUACUUUGCCCGGGAUGCCAAAUACUCCAGUAAGUUCUGUCACACCACAGGGAAGCACAACACAACCCUGCAAAGACAUGGACUUGCCCCACCAAUAUUUGCUAGUGAGCCGCCGUAUAAAACCAUGUUCCUGGCCAGAGUGCUUGUUGGAGAAUACACAGUGGGUCAUCCUAUGUACUGCAGACCACCCUCCAAGGAUGCCAGCUUCACCAACUUUUACGACAGCUGUGUGGACGAUAUGGCCAACCCAAAGAUUUAUAGGCUGGAUCUCAAACAUGGAAAUAUUUCGGAUACAGAAUCAGAUGACGGGAUGAAAUUGAAAAGACAUAACUGGAGCAUGGGUCAUCUAAAGUGCCUUUGGGGAUAUUGGAUAAUCGAGAAGACAAUAAAGACUUUGUGCAGUUUGUAUACUGUACAGUCUAUUCUAAGACAGGACCUUGUGGCUGGAAUGUUUCUGUGACGUAAAAAGUGUGAAAACACUGACCGAAGAUGAAUCUGUGUGGCAAUUUUGUAUUAAAUGCAGAAUCUGUGCUUGCUUGUUCAAUAUCUGUUGUUUAAACUAAGAGCGGCACUCGCAGCCUGUAGGUUAUAGGUGAUGUCCUGCCAUCAGCCACAGCCCUUCCAUUACAUCCACAGUGCCACGCAUGAGCUUAUUUACAAGUCAUGUAGACGGAAUUCCAAAUGACAAAAAUCAAAAACACACAACAUGUUCCCGCUCACUCAUUUAGCACCGUGGUCUAUUAGUGACAUCAACAUCUGUGUGUACCUAGUACAAUGUAUUAUGUAGGCAUGGAUUUUUGUUUUUUGUUUUUAUUCAUAAAAACACUUCUACCUCUGAUUUUUUUUAAACCAUGCAUCAGUGCACUUUUCCCCCUUUCCAUGAAAGGUUUUGUGAUUGUGUCACAAUGACAUAAACUUAAGUUUUAGCAUUACAUGUGGAUUCAUAUCAUCUGAGUGUGACGUCACCACCACCUGCUAACAUCUUUCUAUAAGGAAUAAGCAGGAAAUGUUUGCACCUUGUGUAAAUGUAUAAAAAAAGAAUUAAUGUAGCCAGCACAUGUAUAGUACUGUAAUGAAAAUAACCACACAAUGUAAUAUUGCUUUGCUGUGUGCAGUUGUUGAGUUCAUUGUAUGAUUGUGUUUGUGUGUUUUUGCGCAAUCGAGUCUCUAUAAGUUUACCACAAGGUAUUGUAACAGUACAAGAAUGGAUCUUGAGAAACUCUUGCAUUUCCUUAUUGUAAAUGCGGACAAGUGAAGAAAACAACCCAAUGUCUUCAGUCAUGACACUACAGCUGUGUGUGUGUUUGAGUGAGUAGGGGUGUGUGAAGCUAUAUGUAUGUCUGUAA